AACGCUUUCUCUUAAUUGUGAAAUACGUUCGGAUCUUCCAGGAAUAUCUAAACGUAGGCAGGGGUACAAGCACCAUAACUCUCUGAAAUCCAGUUUAUGUGUCUCUGUCUAGGCGAAGUACGGAAUGAUCGUUUGCACUUGACAGAUCGAGACCCCUCAAGUGAACACCCACGACAAGUUCCCUUCCACUUCAACAUUCAACUUCAACGGCUUCAUCAUUAAAGCCCAAUUAACAAUCUUUCCAGCUGGGUCUUACUUUCGGUCAAGCAAUGGACUUUUACCUUAGAUGCAAUUCUCUAAAAUGUCGCUCUCAGCUCAAAAAGGAAGCUGUUGUCACUACCUGCUCACACAUUUUCUGUCUUCAGUGUGCAGGCAAUCUGGGUCUCUCCCGGCCAAUAUCAAAUGAGCGCCGGUGUCCAGCGUGUCAAGCCAGUCUCUUAAACCCAGCCGACGCAAUUUCGACGAUAUUGAAUCCUCCUGAAGACUACAAAACCAGCGUCUUGAGCGGUCUUGACCCAAAUACAAUCAUAGAAUGUGCUAGUCGGGCAUUGCUUUUCUGGUCAUAUCAGACAACACAAGAGAUCUGCUAUCAAGAAUUCCUAGGGAAAACCCUGACUGAAAAAUAUGCCAACCUCAACCAAAACAUGGAUAAGGCGGUCCAUGAUUCCAGUUCAGAGAUCGCGAGUUUGAAUGAUAAGAUAUCCGAGCUGCAAGAAGCCCAAGGCCAUCUCCAGAAGAAAAAUGAAGAAUUAGAGGAUCUGUAUAGACAUAAAUCUAGAAAGCUCACUCAAGUCACCAAUCUCUACAAUAUCCUGAAGACUCGAACUAUGAGAACCGAUAUACAAACAGCUGCUUCCGACUCUGUGGCUCAGACUCUACGCUCACUUGCUACACAUACCGAGCAGUCAACCCAUCGAACUCCAGUCCAAAACAUGGCCGUCUUACAACCACCUUCACGGCCCGUUUCCCACCAAUUAAAACCAUACUAUAUUGAUAAGGAGGGAGUAGACCGAGUACAUCGAUAUCAACGAUGCACUACCAGUAGUUCAAGAGGCACGAAGAGAAAGACGGAUGCUCAUGCCAUGCCACCGCCAAAUCAACCGGCAAGGAGCAUCAAGAAUACCAUGUUCACAAAUGCAACACCCCGGCAUCAAAUACGCCUCCCCGAGAUUCAAACAAGCACAUCAACCAGUGAUUCUAUGCUAUCAGAAAAUGCAAUAUAUCAGCAGCGGUUCGGAGGACCCCAUAACUAUCAAGGCUACCAAGCUUCCCUUCGAGGCCCUGCAGCGUCUACAAAUGAUCGUUAUGCAUUCAUGAGAGAUCUUCGUAAAGCUCCGCAGACAACAAACCUGGAAGGCUUCGGUUCAAAAUCUUGUUAUUUUCCAUGAAUGGGGAGCCAUCCAAUAUCUGAUAUUGAGAGAACCCACUCCAUAUAUUCAAGUUGAAGGGUACGAAUCGAUGUUAUAUAGGCU